AUGAAUAUCGAUAACGCAUAUAAACGUGCUGUGUUAUAUUUUUUCUUUUUGAGUGGUGAAACUGCCAGAUCGGCAGCAAUAAAAAUUAAUAGUGUACAUGGUGCACAUACUAUUAGUGUGAGGAGUGCCCAGAAAUGGUUCGAAAAAUUUAAACUUGGAAAAAGCAACAUUAAUGAUAAACCCCGUUCAGGAUGUCCUGUCGAUUUUGAUAACGACGUUCUUAAAAAUCUUGUGGAGUCAGAGCCAUAUUUAACAGUGGAUCAGAUCGCAGAAAAGAUGCAUUCAUCUCAUGGGACAGUCUUUCGCCAUUUAAAGGAGAUUGGAAAAGUAUCCAAGCUGGGAAAGUGGGUACCACAUGACCUGUCAGAAGCCAAUUGCCAGCAGCGAUUAAACAUCUGCAUUUCCCUUCUAUCGCGCUUUGAAAGAGAGCCAUUUUUAGACCGUUUGGUAACAGGUGACGAAAAGUGGGUUAUUUAUGAUAAUGUCACCAGAAAAAGACAGCGGACAGACAAAGAUAAGCAGCCAAUUUCAACACCAAAGGCGUCUUUACAUCCCAAAAAGGUUCUGCUAAGUGUGUGGUGGGAUAUGUAUGGUGUCAUUUAUUAUGAAUUGUUAGAACCAAAUAAAACCAUUAAUGCAGAUGUAUACAGUGAACAACUUUGCCGUUUAAAUUCAGAAUUGAUUAAAAAACGCUCGCGAUUGGUGAAUAUGAAGAAAGUGUUGUUCCACCAUGAUAACGCUAGACAGCAUAUGGCUCGAAAAACGCUGCAAAAAAUUAAUGAACUGAAUUGGGAGCUUUUGCCGCAUCCUGCAUACUCCCCAGAUAUUGCCUCAAGUGAUUUUCAGUUAUUUCGUGCUUUACAAAAUUUUUGCCAAAGCAAAAACUUCAAUUCUAAACAGGAUAUACAAAAUGAACUCAGAAGUUUUUUUGCUUCAAAACAACAAUCUUUUUACGCCAGUAAAAUAAAAAAGCUACCAGAAAGAUGGCGAGAUAUUGUAGAUAGCGGAGGAAAAUAUAUCAUAGAUUAA